GUGCCCGCCACACGACGGCGGCGGCUGGGACGGGUCGGUGUGUCCGUGUGUCGGUGUGUCCGUUAUGGCGGCGCUGCGCGGAGCCCCGCGGCUACUCCUUGUCCCGGGCGAUGCGGCCGAACCCGCUCCAGGCCGCCGUCUGUCCGUCGUGCUGCCCGCAGGGGCCCCUCCAGGCCCUACGGAAGCUCCGCCGCCUGCCCGCAAACGGCAGCGCCUCACCCACCUGAGCCCUGAGGAGAAGGCCCUGCGCAGGAAACUGAAGAACCGAGUGGCGGCUCAGAGCGCACGGGAUAGGAAGAAAGCGAGGAUGACGGAACUGGAGCAGCAGGUGGUGGAGCUGGAGGAGGAGAACCAGCGGUUAUUGAGGGAGAACCAACGGCUGAGGGAGCAGACCGGCAGCCUGGCCAUGGAGAACCAGGAGCUUCGCUGCCGCCUGGGGUUGGACGCUUUGAAGACAGAGCCGGAGUGUGAGGCUAUGGAUGUGAAGGAAUCCAAGGUGGAUGACAUCAGGUUGGUGACCGGGUCCGCUGAGUCCGCAGCACUCAGACUACGUGUUCCUCUGCAGCAGGUACAGGCCCAGCUGUCACCAUUUCUGACAACCUCCACAUGGAUUCUGAUGGCUGUGACUCUUCAGAUUCUGAGUCUGAUCUCCUGUUCGGCUUUCUGGACAGUCUGGACCCAGAAAUAUUUCUCAAAUGUGCUGAUUCAGAAUCAUCCAGCCUGGAAAAGCUGGAGGAAGAGAUGUGUGGAAAAACAAAUUCCAUACCGACCUCCCCCUCUCCCUCUCUGGGGUCCCCAUCAGCUAAGCUGGAAGCCAUUAAUGAACUCAUAAGGUUUGAUCACGUGUACACAAAACCCUUAAUACUGGAGUUUCCUGUUAAAAUGCGCAACGAAACCAAUAUGCUUGUGAAAAUUGAGGGAGUGUCUCUCUCUCCACCUGAAGACGAAGCAAUUGCUGAGGUCCCAGUGUCUGUGAAAGAGGAACCUGUAGACAGCUUAAUGCCUGAGCUGGGUAUCUCUCAUCUGCUUCCCUGUCACCAUAGCUUUGCAGCCUCAAGCUCUCUGCUGGAUGCUGGUAGUGACUCUGGAUAUGAAGGAUCCCUGUCACCCUUCAGUGACAUGCCCUCUCCUCUUGAUGCUGACCAUACUUGGGAGGAUAGCUUUGCCAAUGAACUUUUUCCUCAGCUGAUCAGUGUCUAACUUGGUAGUGUUAACUGUCCCUGGUUACCUCCUGGCAGGGUAACAUGAUAUAAAUAUACACCUCUUUUCAGCGGGUGGAAAGGGGUGGAAUUGAAACUAGAUGAUCAUUGUGGUCCUUUUCAACCCAGGCCAUUCUAUGAUUCUAUUCGGAGAAGUGCUGCUUGUUUCUUCCUAUAAGUGCUGGUAGAUGUAGUGAUGGCCAUUCAUUUUUACUGGUG